CAAGGGCAGACCGGAGUAUAGUGAAGAUGGCAGGAAAUCCGUGGGCUCCCUUGCAACCCUCUGCAGCCUCCUUACUAUUAGAGAAAUGUUUGACCGCGGGCGUUUUAUCGCAGAAUGCCCUUGACCAAGCGCAGCUGGAGGCACCAUGUUUCAGUCAUGUGGAAGAACUCCAAAGGAUAACAGAAAUCAAGGCUGAGAUAAACCAGAAAAGCCUGGAACUGGAAUUGCUAAAGCUGGAAAAAGAAACUGCAGAUAUCACUCAUCCUUUAUACCUUGAGCAGAAAUAUCAGGCACUGCAAGCAAUGAACAGCCACUUGGAAGCAGUACUGAGGGAAAAACGCACUUUGAGACAGAGACUGGCUCAGCCAGUUUGCCAGGAGAAUUUGCCUAUUGAGGCAUCAUAUCACAGGUCCACUGCAGACUUGUUACCCCUUGCGGUAAAUUUCAUUGAAAAGCUGGAAACAUAUAUCAAGACUAUCCAGACCAUUCCAAAAAUACCAGAUUGCUCUAGCAGUAUGGAUAAUGCAUUAGUGAGGAUGGAAUCUUUAGAGGCAGAAAUGGAGGAACUAACAGAGCAGAUUCUGACGUGGAGAGAACAGCAGAAGGCUGCAUUCCAGAUGAAUUCAGAUGCAAAUUCCAGUUGUAUAACUGCACAGACAUCAUAUUUAUCUAUUGAAAAUUUGCACCCCUAGCCAGGCCCGGACUGGUAAUCUGUGAGGGGCUGCUGUAAGAUGCCAGAGACAGUCACUAUUUAUUGGGCUGGUUGGGUCUGUUUGGGUCUUUGUGUAAUUGAAAUACCAGGGCCUAUUUUGAAUCCCAGUCUAGACCUACCCCUAGCAGCACAGCUUAUAAUUUGUAUAGGCAUACACCUGUUACUUAUUAUUGAAACACUACUGGAAGGGCAGGCUCCCUACAUAGUAUUUCCUGUGGAACUCAUGGCUGUGCUUUCUGUGAUGUGAUGUAGUUAUUGGCUCUGCUGCACUGGACUAUUUAUUUUGAGCCAGUUGGACAGCUGGUGACAUCAGCCUAAGAAUGAUCACAGGUUGAAAAUUCAACUCAUGAUAAAUUGCCAUAAAUAUUGACAAAAUUGCAGUUUAAUCAUCUGGUUGCUUAAAUAUAACCAAGGAAUUUGUAGCAAUGAUCCUUAUUAAUGUGACCACUUUCAAAAUGUUUCCAUUUGCAGAAGGAAACCAUUUCAGUUUCUGAAUACUUAUGGAGUAGUCAGCUGCUCCACAAAUAUUUAGAAAGUUCUCAGAAAUUAAGGUCCUUCGUUAAAAGGGUUAAUCACUGGGGUUUGCCAAAUUGUAGGCACCCCCAUUGAUUUAUAAUCGCUUACCUGAUACAAAAAAAGCAGCUUUUUUCUCUCUACUGCACGUGCGUCUGCCUGGGGGCACUGAGACAAAAAGAAUGAAGAAGAGGAUCGCUUUGUGGUUCUCUCUGAAAAGUACCCAAGGCAGGUGCAGUUUUCUCCAAGCAGGAGCACUGGUCUGGGGUAUCAGGUAAGUGAUUAACCCUUUCCUUCUCUUUUAAAUUCCAUUGUGUGAAAUUCCUUAAACACGUAUUUCUUUAUAACCUGCCCUUUAAGGAGAAAGUUGGUUUGUUUGGGAGCCAUGAAUGUUUUCAAAUAAAAAUGAAUGUGUCUGAGCAGGAACGUCAUAUACAAAUUAAUAAACAGCCAGGAGUGCUGCUGUUGAAAAUCAUGAUGUUAGCAGAGUAAACGGUCAAUACCAUAAACACUUUAACACCAGACACACCUUUAAACCUGCAUCAUUAUUAGGCAACCGUUCUAGAAAUGUUAUAAUGUUAUAAUGAAAUGUUAUAAUCCCUGUAGAAGAAGCUAGCUCAGGGCCAAUAAUAUAAUACAGCAGAAAUGACCCCAAAGUGUGCUUAUAAUAUGUUCAAGGAAAAAAGGCAACAUUAUUGCAGGUGAAGUAUACCCUUUUACCAAGCACAAUUUAGCAGGAACAUUUUAUAUUUAAAAACUGACAGCACUUAAAAGACAAAUGACUAAGGAUAAUGAUGUGGAAACUACACAGGUUGCUGCAUUACAAAGAUGUCUCUGUGAAGCACAGGAAAGAAUUAAGGCAAACAGUACAUUCUGUAUUGAUUAUUAACUGUGGUUUAUUAUUCUGAGCUUGUUUUUCUAAUAAAUUGAAAACAUUUUGCUUGUA